AUGCCAGCGUCACAUUUUGAGAACGGAUUCCAAGUUCAUCGCGAGCACUUUGAAGGAGUAGGGAUCCCAGGUCAUCGCGAGUACCAUCUGCGAGCAUCGACUGCAUCCACUGAGAUGAUCCAAAUCGAGAAUGCUUCGAUCUUUCCGACUCUUCGAAACUACGAAUAUUUGCCUGUACACACCAUUCUUCCCAUAGUCACCCUCAAGGCAUGCUCCAUUGGAAGUCGUCUAAAGAUGUUCUAA